UUGUUUUCAGUCUUAUAAGCAGUUCACCAAAAGAAGGAAAUCCCGUCCUUCAUUGCCGCUUCAGACCUCAAACAGCAAGACUGCAUUAGCUGUUGACUCCAGAGUUUUGGACCAUGGGAGCUUAUUAUUAUGGGCUGACGGUUCUGGUGGGUGUGGCCUCACUGCUGUCGACUGGCCAAUGCAAUACAAGCUGUAGAGGAACUGACGGUCAUGCAGGAGUGGCAGGAGCCCCGGGGAGAGACGGGUGGCCUGGAAUGAAGGGAGAGAAAGGAGAACCAGCUGUGAUGGUGAAAGGUCCGGUGGACACAGGUGUCCUGCUGGGGCUGAAUGGGGAGGCUGGAAAUCGCGGCCCGCCUGGGCUCAUGGGUCCUAAAGGCUUCCGUGGAGGUUUGGGAGCAGCAGGUGUCCCUGGUAUCCCCGGUCGCCCCGGCCCAGCAGGGAGGAACCUCGGACAGGGACAACAGUCCUCUCAGCAGGGUGGUAAAUCAGCCUUCUCAGUGAUCAGGACAGCAAACGAUUAUCCUCCCUACCAGAGAAUAACCUUCCAGGACACUGUGGUCAACGUGCACACACCUUCAGGCUCGCCAGACUUUAACCUGAACACAGGUUACUUCACCUGCAGGAUACCUGGUGUUUAUUACUUCACCUUCAACUCUGUUGCCAAGGUCAGCAUGUGUCUGCGUGUAGCCAGUGACGCUCUGACUGAAAAGGUGGGAUUCUGUGAUUACAACAAGAACUUCGAUCAGGUCAGUUUCACCGCAGACGUGUCACAAGGGUGUUUACGCCUCAAUGAUAUGGAGAUAAAUGUGUUUCCCCCAAGAGCUGCUAACGUCAUGUAG